UGACGACCUCUUUCUAGUUUCGCUAGCUGUGGAGCAGUGUGAACAAAUUCCAACCUAAUCUGUUUUCGUAGGUAGCCGACCAAAAAGAGACCGACAUCAAGGUGAUAUGAACACAUAGCUCGUUAAAGACAUGCGUGUUUGGUUACAUCUUCUUCCUUGCGAAAGUGUGUCGUUGUAUUUUAAUAAAAAAUAACGUUACUUGACAUAGCUAACUAGUUGGCUAGCUAGCAUGCCGACAAGCAGAAUGAAUGGGACUCAGGACAAUUGCCUUACUAGCUUCUCCACAUGUGUUUUAGCCUGUUUGCUAGUUAGCUGUCUGCUAGCUUAUGCAGUUGGUUAGCUGCGCCAACUGGCUCGUCUGUCUACAGCGGAGGUGCCCUGUUCAAAUUAGGUUGACGUUUGUGUCAACUUGAGUAGCUAGCUAGUGGUUGAACCAGCGAUAUGAAACCGGGAAGUUAUCCAAGAUAAAUUACUGUUAGCUAGGUAGCCAUGUGACAAGUCAUCGCAGGGUAUAGAUUGCUGUCUGUAUUCUUUGCCAGCAGCAGCAUUCCAGACGCAACUACACACGAUGGGGUCUAAUCCAAGGCAACUGUUUGGCAUUGCGAACCCAGCCUUGAAUGUCAUGUUUCCCUGCUAGUGUAGUAAGCCAUUGAUGUUGUAAUCAGUACAAAAACUAGUGACAGGUCGUUGUCAGAGUAAAAGGGAAGAAUAUGCACACGGUUCAGAAAUUGGCCCCUGGCGUGUGAGCUAAACCUAAUAGAAUUGUCUGCCAUGUAAAAAUGUAAUGUUGAUAUUAAGCAUGUCCCAUAAUUUAGUAAGCUUGUAGGUUGUUUGGUUCAAGAGCUGUGAAGUGUUUCAUUUCUGUUGCUAAAUGUUUUGUUGCUGUUGCAGAUGCCUCCAAAGAAGGGAGGAGAGGGACCAAAACAACCACCGCUGAUUGGACGCUUCGGGACUUCUCUGAAGAUUGGGAUUGUGGGAUUGCCGAAUGUUGGGUAUGUACAUGGCUACAAUUUAGAAGUUGCCCAUAGUUGUAAAGUAGGUUGUUGGAGAAUCAUUAGCCUGAUUCACACUAUGGGGCCAACCCAAACUGUACUGUGCUGGCUUGGGUGUUUUCUUUUCAUAUUGUUAUUUCCAGCAACUAAGAGUAUCAUCUUUUGUUGUUCAGAAGGCUUUACCAUGCAGAUGUCUUGGGCUGUAGAAUAGUGACUGAAACUGCGUCUUGUCAUUUUUGUCAACAGGAAGUCAACAUUCUUCAAUGUGCUGACCAAGAGCCAGGCUGCAGCAGAGAACUUUCCCUUCUGCACCAUCGACCCCAACGAGAGCAGAGUGCCCAUCCCUGACGAACGCUAUGACUACCUCUGCACCUUCCACAAGCCCCUCAGGUAGGGUUGUGUUUGUGAGCAGUGUGCACAUUCCUGUAGAACGUUACAAAUACUUCUGCGUCUUCCACAAGCCUUGGAAAUGUAUGAGUAAACACUCUGUACCUCAAGUUUGUGUGUGUGUGCAACUUCUCUUUCUCAUUGUACAGUAAGGUCCCAGCGUUUCUGAAUGUGGUGGACAUAGCUGGGCUGGUGAAAGGAGCUCAUGCUGGACAAGGACUGGGCAACGCCUUCCUGUCUCACAUUAGUGCCUGUGACGGCAUCUUCCACAUGACACGUGAGUUUAACACACACUCGCAGAAAUGCACACACAUACACUUGUAUACACACACUCAAACCCACACUGUAAUCCUGGUGUACAUUUGUAGUGCCAAAACCACAAGCAUGUGAAGCUUCCAUUCUAAUCAAUGGGGCACUCACACCUACUCGGUGCUAGCACAGUUCAGAUGUGCAUGAACAACAACAAUAUAUUCAAUUCCUAUUUUAGCAGUUUUGUGAUGUCAAGCACCAUUGCGCAGGCUGGACAUAAUUGUGUGUUUCUGUGUGUGUAGGUGCGUUUGAGGAUGAGGACAUCAUCCAUGUGGAGGGUAAUGUGGACCCAGUGAGGGACAUUGAGAUCAUCCAUGAGGAGCUACGGCUGAAGGAUGAGGAGUCUCUUGGACCAAUCAUAGAUAAGUUGGAGAAGACCGCUGUCAGAGGAGGAGACAAGAAACUCAAACCUGAAUAUGUAAGUAGAGUGUGUGUGGGGUGGGUGAUGAGUGUCCCAUUGGGUUUGAGACUGAGGUCUGAAGCUGUGUAUGUGUGCAUGAUUCAAGCGCUUGAAACACUUCCAUGCCCUCUCAUAGAUUGUUUGAGACCCACAGGCGUGCCUAGGGAGAAGGGGCCACGGAAUAAACCAGAAUUCAGCAUUUGUUUACUCUCAUGUUCUCUCCUUUCAUUCCCUUCUCUUGUUCCCUCAUCCCUCACUCAGGACAUCAUGUUGAAGGUAAAGAACUGGAUUUCGGAGGAGAAGAAACAUGUCCGCUUCUACAAUGACUGGAACGAGAAGGAGGUACGACUGUAUGUGCUCGCAAAAGAGAGAGAGCAGAGUACCUUUAGUUGCAGGGGCCUGUAUACCAGCACAGACUUCUAACCCAGUGUGUUGUGUGUGUAUGCAGAUCGACGUGCUGAACAAAUACCUGUUCCUCACAUCCAAGCCCAUGAUCUACCUGGUCAACCUCUCAGAGAAAGACUACAUCAGGAAAAAGAACAAGUGGUCAGUGGGUUCUCUUUCUUCAUUCCUUAUUUCCUGUCUUUCUGAAUCUUACGUUAUUUGGGUUGUGAUGCCUGGCAGCCAUUAUCUGAGGAGCUGAAAUGCUACUUGUUGAUGGUCUGAACUUUGCUUGCAGUAGAGGUUUAUUUUGUGAUUGUGGCAUUUUGUGCAAAAUAAACACUGACAGUUUUGUAUGCGCCAAAAACCCUGAUCAUGUUUGGUUUAUUAAAGAGCAACUUCAAUCAAAUCAACUUUGUUAUUCUAACAGAGGAUUUUUUCUCUCUAUGUAUAUACAUCCCCCAGGCUGAUUAAGAUUAAGGAGUGGGUCGAUGCCCAUGACCCAGGAGCUAUGGUCAUACCAGUGAGUGGAGGUCUUGAGGCCAAACUACAGGACAUGACCGACGAGGAGAAGGACAAAUACUGUGAGGAGGCGAAGACUCAGAGGUACACACACGGACAGCUCAAACACAAAAUGAACACAUUUUAUGAUAUUGUAAACAGUUACCUUAAUAACUGUGUGUGUGUGUGUGUGUAUUGCAGUGUACUGACUAAGAUCAUUAAGACGGGCUAUGCAGCUCUGCAGUUGGAAUAUUUCUUCACAGCGGGACCAGACGAGGUUAGAGCGUGGACUGUCAGGGUAAGAGACACACAGUUUGGUUCUCUCUCUCCCACAAUGAGGUGUGGGUGUGACUAUCAAAGCGUUAUCGAUUAUUUCUCUCUGUCCUACAGAAAGGCAGCAAGGCGCCCCAGGCGGCAGGGAAGAUCCACACUGACUUUGAGAAAGGUUUCAUCAUGGCAGAGGUCAUGAAGUUCCAGGACUUCAAAGAUGAGGGCACCGAGAAUGCUGUCAAGGUGUGUGUACUUAUGUGAGGCUGAGAUAAAUAGUUACUGUGUCAUGGGUGUGCGAUGGCAUGCCAUAAAUACUUGUCAAUAGUUUUUUGUCUGAUCUUAUCUGGAUAAAGACUGUCUGAUAAAGAUGGUGCUGUUCUGGAUGGCUGCCGUUUUGCGGGCUCCGACCCAACUUUGCUAUUUUGUGACUCUUUUGGCGUUUAUUUGUACUUUAUUUUCACGGAAUGUAUCCGUUAUCAUUUCUUAUAACUGACAAGAACUUUUGAACAUCAGAUCAGCAGUUACUUAGACCAAUUCCGGCUUCAAUGUUGCCCCCAAUUUUCCGAGUACCCAAGAGGAAACGCCGGUGUUACAGAGGCAAGAGAGGGGGCUUCCUGGUGAGAUUAAGGCGAAGGGAAAACCGGCCACCUCUUCCCUCCAUUCUGUUGGCCAAAAUCUAUGGCCUUUUGAUUGUGGAUUUGCUACCAACGGGACGCUUGUAACUGCAAUAUUCUCAACUUUUCUGAAACAUGGCUUUUGGACAAGAUACUCCCCAUGGCUAUCCAACUCGACUCCAUUCACCGAGCGGACAGUAGAGUCAGGGAAAUUAAGAGGGAGAGGGGUGUGCCUCUUCAUCAACAACAAAUGGUGUUCUGACUCGAGCGCAAGCACACCCCCAUCCACAGGGCUGCAGUGGAGCGGGUCGAGCGCUUCAAGUUCCUCAGGGUCCAAAUCACUAAGGACUUAAUGGUCCACACACACGCGCAGUCGUGAAGAACACGCUUCUUCCCCCUCAGGAGGUUUUAAAAGUUUGGCAUGGGCCCUCAAAUCCUCAAAGUUCUACAGCUGCACCAUUGAGAGCAUCUUAACUGGCUGCAUCACUGCUAGGUAUGGCAACAGCACCGCCCUCGAUCCUAUGGCGCUACAGAAGGUGGUGCGGACAGCCCAGUACAUCACUGGGGCUGUGCUCCCUGCCACCCAGGACCUCUAUAUCAGAUGGUGUGAAAGGAAGGCCUGAUAAAUCGUUAGACUCACCCAAGCCAUUGACUGUUCUCUCUGCUUCCGCACGACAAGCGGUACUGGUACAUCAAGUCUGACACCAACAGGCUCCUGAACUUUCCCCAAGCCAUAAGACUGCUAAAUAGCUAACAAAAUGGCUACACAGACUGUCUGAAUUAACCCUUGUAUUUAUUCCUAUUCACACUUACAGGACUCUACACACUCACGCACACUGACACUCCAACACACACAUAACAUUCACACAUUUAUACUGACUCUACCAAGUCACCUUACCCAUAUACAUAUCUACCUCUAUCACUCCAGUAUCCCUGCACAUUGUAAAUAUGGUAUUGGAACUGACCCUGUACAGUUGAAGUCAGAAGUUUACAUACACCUUAGCCAAAUACAUUUAAACUCAGUUUUUCACAAUUCCUGACAUUUAAUCCUAGUAAACAUUCCCUGUCUUAGGUCAGUUAGGAUCACCACUUUAUUUUAAGAAUGUGAAAUGUUAGAAUAAUAGUAGAGUGAUUUAUUUCAGCUUUUAUUUCUUUCAUCACAUUCCCAGUGGGUCAGAAGUUUACAUACACUCAAUUAGUAUUUGGUAGCAUUGCCUUUAAAUUGUUUAACUUGGGUCAAAUGUUUCGGGUAGCCUUCCACAAGCUUCCCACAAUAAGUUGGGUGAAUUUUGGGCCAUUCCUCCUGACAGAGCUGGUGUAACUGAGUCAGGUUUGUAGGCCUCCUUGCUCGCACACGCUUUUUCAGUUCUGCCCACACAUUUUCUAUAGGAUCGAGGUCAGGGCUUUGUGAUGGUCACUCCAAUACCUUGACGUUGUUGUCCUUAAGCCAUUUUGCCACAACUUUGGAAGUGUGCUUGGGAUCAUUGUCCAUUUGGAAGACCCAUUUGCGACCAAGCUUUAACUUCCUGACUGAUGUCUUGAGAUGUUGCUUCAAUAUAUCCACAUAAUUUUCCUUCCUCAUGAUGCCAUCUAUUUUGUGAAGUGCACCAGACCCUCCUGCAGCAAAGCACCCCCACAGCAUGAUGCUGCCACCCCCGUGCUUCACAGUUGGGAUGGUGUUCUUCGGCUUGCAAGCCAUGCCCUUUUUCCUCCAAACAUAACGAUGGUCAUUAUGGGCAAACAGUUAUAUUUUUGUUUCAUCAGACCAGAGGACAUUUCUCCAAAAAGUACGAUCUUUGUCCCCAUGUGCAGUUGUAAACCGUAGUCUGGCUUUUUUAUGGCAGUUUUGGAGCAGUGGCUUCUUCUUUGCUGAGCGGCCUUUCAGGUUAUGUCGAUAUAGGACUUGUUUUACUGUGGAUAUAGAUAAUUUUGUACCUGUUUCCUCCAGCAUCUUCACAAGGUCCUUUGCUGUUGUUCUGGGAUUGAUUUGCACUUUUCGCACAAAAGUACAUUCAUCUCUAUGAGACAGAACGCGUCUCCUUCCUGAGCGGUAUGACGGCUGCGUGGUCCCAUGGUGUUUAUACUUGCGUACUAUUGUUUGUACAGAUUAACGUGGUACCUUAAGGCAUUUGGAAAUUGCUCCCAAGGAUGAACCAGACUUGUGGAGGUCUACAAUAUUUGUUCAUAUGUCUUGGCUGAUUUCUUUUGAUUUUCCCAUGACGUCAAGCAAAGAGGCACUGAGUUUGAAGGUAGGCCUUGAAAUACAUCCACAGAUACACCUCCAAUUGACUCAAAUGAUGUCAAUUAGCCUAUCAGAAGCUUCUAAAGCCAUGACAUCAUUUUCUGGAAUUUCCCAAGCUGUUUAAAGGCGUAGUCAACUUAGUGUAUGUAAACUUCUGACUUCAACUGUAUAUAGCUUCUUACUUCUAUCACUCCAGUAUCCCUGCACAUUGUAAAUAUGGUAUUGGAACUGACCCUGUAUAUAGCUUCUUACUUUCUUGUGUUCUUCUUAUUUUUAUUUCUCGUGUGUUUUUGUUCUACCUUGUUAUUUUUUUAGUACUACAUUGAUAUUGAUCACUGCAUUGUUGGGUUUAGAGGUCACAAGAAAGGGAUUUCACUGUACUUGUGCAGGUGACAUUAACUUGAAACUUGCUAAAUUACUUUGUAUAAUGUCGAUAAAUUUGUUCUGGUUUGAUUUGUCCCGCAGGCUGCUGGGAAGUACAGGCAGCUGGGCAGGAACUACAUCGUGGAGGACGGAGACAUUAUAUUUUUCAAAUUCAACACACCCAAUGCACCCAAGGCGGCGAAGAAGUGAUGGGACCAACGCGACCAGUACAAUAACACAGUGUUCUUGUGUCCCGUCUCAUCUUGUCCUUGAGGGCAGCAGUGUUGCUGAUUUUUCUCCCUUCUCCCUAGUAUAAUGAAUGGGAGGAUAGAAUUAGAAUGAAUCAAUCAAUCAUUCUAAUUCUAUGUAUGGUAGGAUGAAAAUCCAGUGCACACUGCAACCCUUGAGGUCAGUACCAGGUCCUGAAGUGUUUCCUGGUCAGGUUAUUUGGUCAGGAAAAACUCUGGGCCCUAGUCAGGACUGAUCGGAACAAGGAGGGACCAUUAUUAUUUUAAGUAAAGUAGGCAUCUCUGACAGUGCCUGACCAGAAACCACCGACGUGACUUCCCUAUUUGCCCCACCAUACAAAAUCUGCCCAGGUGCCUUUUUUGGUUUUGCUUUGGGACCCUGACUAUUGCACCUACCCAUACACUAUUAUAUUCAAUCUAUAUCUUUGCCCACCUCACACAAGACAUAUCUGUAACAUUGUGAAUAAGAGGAAGAUAUAAAUCAGUCUUCUGAUACCCUGUCCAUAUAUAGACUCUCACUCAGUAGCUUUACUUCCAUGUCUCCUUCCCUCAUCUCCUUCCUUUGAAAUUAAGCAAGUGAAUGGACCAUGGAAAUGAAUCGGUUCUUUGAGAUCAGUAUUGGAAUGCAGCCAGAAAGAUAUCUGUUCAUGAUGAUAAACUAAGUGCCAGGGCCCGGUUGCGUAAAACACCUUAAGUUAAUUUUUCCCUUAAAGUAGCCUUCACUUUAAGUCAGUUGCACAAAACAUUUUAAGGUGAAUUUCCCCCUUAAAUUAAGUGAAAAAGUUAAGGGUGCCCAUGAUGUCCCUUAAUUGCUUCAUUCAGUAUGGAUAUCAAUGUAAACAGCAUUUGUGGAGGUGAAUAUUGCUUUAAUUUGCUCUG